AUGACUAUCACUCGCUCACAGACGGGGAAAACCCCCAAAAAAAUCCAGCGUGAUGGCUACGUAGACACCCCAGGGCGUCGUGUCACCAGAAGUCGUUCGUCCAUUACUCCCGACUUAAGCGCGGAUGCCGAGACCUCAGACAUGUCCACCUCUACUUCGUCAAGCCUAAUCCUCGAGAACUCAGUGACUACGGGAAGACGUGUUACUGAGAAGAAACAGGAUGGCUAUGCUGUGGAUAACCUCGCCGGUCAGAAAAAGGCCGCCAACGGGACUGCGUCGAAGAAUUACAAAAUCGAUGAUUCAGGCCACUUCGAAUUUGGCGGGUCUCUGGGCUGUUUAUCCAUGAUGAUCGGAUUCCCGUUGCUGAUGUAUUAUAUGUGGAUCGGGGCAACAUAUUAUGAAGGAGGCCUUCCAUUGCCCGAAGAAGGACAGACAGCGAAGGAGUUUGGACUCCAUCUGCUUAAUCUGGCGUAUGACGGCGCUUUCCCCAGCGCUAAAGCGUGGAUCACAUACUGGACUUUUUUCGUCUUUGAGGGACUGUUCUAUUUGUACCUUCCUGGCAUCUAUGUCGAUGGUCGGAAACUGGAGCAUUUGGGUGGAAAACAAUUGCCGUAUUAUUGCUCCGCAUAUGCGUCUUUCUACACGACGAUUGUAGUCGCCAUUGGUCUCCAUGUUAGCGGAUUGUAUAAACUAGAUACAGUUAUUGAUGAAUUUGGUCCCUUGAUGAGUGUUGCCAUCUUGACUGGUUUCAUCGUCUCCAUCAUUGCUUACAUCUCUGCUCGAGUUCGUGGUGCCGAGCAUCGCAUGAGUGGCUACCCCAUCUACGACUUCUUUAUGGGUGCCGAGCUCAAUCCGAGAUUAUUGGGAAUCUUGGAUUUCAAGAUGUUUUUUGAGGUCCGGCUUCCUUGGUAUAUUCUAUUUCUGAUAAGUUUGGGAGCGGCGGCUCGACAGUGGGAGACUUAUGGUUAUGUUUCUGGCGAGGUUGUGUUCUUGGUGAUGGCCCAUUAUUUAUACGCCAAUGCAUGCUCGAAAGGGGAAGAAUGCAUCAUAUCUACCUGGGAUAUUUAUUACGAAAAGUGGGGUUUUAUGCUUAUCUUCUGGAAUCUUGCUGGUGUCCCUCUAAGCUACUGCCAUUGCACCAUCUAUCUUGCCAACCAUCAUCCGGAUACCUACCGCAUGAACAGAUAUGCGCUUUCCGCUUUGUACAUCGUCUACCUGUUUGUUUACUGGGUGUGGGACACCACCAACAGCCAGAAGAACCGCUUCCGUCAACAACGUGAGGGUGGUAUGAUCCUGAGAAAGACCUUCCCCCAAUUACCUUGGCAAACUGUCAAGAAUCCUCGAACCAUCACGUCCAAAGCUGGCCACACGAUCUUAGCCGAUGGGUGGUAUGGAUAUGCUCGGAAAAUCCAUUACACCUGCGAUCUUAUUUUCGCUCUGAGCUGGGGUUUGGUCACUGGAUUUAAAAGCCCCUUCCCUUGGUUCUAUCCCGUCUUUUUCGCCGUCAUGAUCGGUCAUCGAGCGUUUCGAGAUAUUCAACGUUGCAGGGAGAAGUACGGAGAGGCCUGGACCCAGUAUGAAAAGGAGGUGCCUUAUCUCUUUAUUCCUUACGUCAUUUAA